GUCCAGGUGUAACAUCACGGGAGAGUGGUUUCGGGGUCAGGAGACCGCUGAAUAAGCGUGCCCGAGUGACAUGAAGUUGAAAGUUGCCGACUUGAAGCAGGCGGCAGGAAGGAGUGAUUUGUGAUUGAGCAAACGCCGCGGCGCAGAAUCGGUUCGGCAGCUGUGCUGCACGGAGAGUACUGGCAUAGAGCAGCAUGAUGGAGCAUUUAUGCAGAGUGUGAAGGGUUGCAGAGAGACACUGUAUCCGCCGUGCUUGUCCGGGCAAGCCCGUUUGCAGUGUCAGCCUCGGGAGAUGGUUCAUCAGCACAGGCGUUCUUUCGUCGCAAACGGGAGCCCUAAAUCCGAUUCAGGACUCCAAGCAAGAGAUCGGAGACGUGCGUUGUCUCGGCGAUGACGAAUCCGGGGAAAUGAGAUUGGAUGGACGUGAGGGAAAAUCAGGAAGAUAACUGGAAG